AUGGAUAACGCUACAUAUCCAGAGCAGAAAGUGAUCACAGUCGGUCAGUUCCGUAUCGGCCUCAUUCACGGUCACCAAGUCGUCCCAUGGGGCGAUGAGGAAUCAUUAGCUCUGGUGCAGAGGCAGUUGGACGUGGACAUCCUAAUCUCGGGCCAUACUCAUCGGUUUGAAGCUUACGAGCAUGAAAACAAGUUCUAUAUCAACCCUGGAUCUGCUACUGGCGCUUAUAGCCCCCUCUUCAGAAACGCAACCCCAUCGUUUGUGUUGAUGGACAUCCAAAGCUCAACAGUGGUCACCUAUGUCUACAAACUAUUAGGAGACGAAGUCAAAGUAGAAAGGAUUGAAUAUAAGAAAGCAUAAAACUAAUUUGUAUAUUGAGAUGUAAUUAUUAUUGUAACUAGAUAUUAUAGUAAACAAUAAGGUGUAAUCAAUGAAUCUUCUAUGGAGAGGUCUAUUUAACUGAACAUCUAUCAUAGUCUCAUAAACAAACAAAAAACUUCACGGUCACGGUCUAUUUCACUUUGAUCACCUGGAUUUGAUCACCCAAGUCUUCAAAGUGAAUUCCAGGCGACACUUUGGUGCCCUUGAUCACCCAAGGAUAAAAUCACCUAAGUGAUCAAAUUGGACUUCUUAUCCAUGGGUGAUCAAAGGACACCAAAGUGUCGCCUGGAAUCCACUUUGAUCACCUGGGUGAUCAUAUCCAGGUGAUCAAAGUGGAAUAGACCGACGUCACGGCUGCGAGGUGCGCAGUUUAAUAACUCGACUAGGUUGUACAUCCAUCAUCAUAGGCUCAUAAUAAUUAACUUUU